AUGGCGCUCACGCUUAGUUCGCUGGUAACCAAUGUGAAAUCGGCCUUCCAAAGCCACUCAGGAUCCAUAAGAAACACAACUGUCGCCUUGCUGGUGUUUGGCCUGAAUGCCGUCGUACAGAGUGAAGAUUUCUUCCAGUGUCCUCCAGACAACUUUGUUUUCUACGCCAGCUGUUUCUUCAUCAUUCCUGCUUUGUUUUUGUUUAUAGCGACGAUUUUUCUUCACAGCGGAUUUUGGGACCAUGUUCGUGGAUGCUGUUAUUACGAAGUUCCGUACAAGCGAGGAGCAAAACGGUACUGCUGUUGUUUGUUUCCAAGAUGGCCUUGCAGCAAAGCUCUUGUGGAAAUCGUAUUCCAAAGUUCUCUGUCUGGGUUCAUGUGGAUUUUCUGGGCGCUCUUGCAGCGUGACUAUUACAUCUGCGCUGCUCUAGGAGGAACGAAAGCAGCUAAAUUAGUCAGUGCCUCAGCCGCGCAAAAGAUACAAAUCGAAGAAGAUUACGCGAACGCGGGAAGAAAUUCACAGACGGCAGCGUUGCUCUUGCUAGCUGGAGCGUUACUUACAGGUUUCGUUGUUGUUUCAGUUCAGCGAUGCUGUUAUCAGCGUGAGUUCGGCACUUUACCGAGUCCGUACCAGUAUAAGAAGCUCGAGUCAGAAGCUGCUGUGGAGGCCUUUAAACUGAACAUGGAAAAACUCGCGAAAGGACAAGGCAAGACGCGUGCAGACAUGUACUUUGCGACCAUGAACAAGAAAAACCCGUCUGACAUCCUUAAGAGUGCCUAUGAAAAUCUCGUCGCUGUGAACAAAUUUGACGAAGCGUUUCCAUCUUUGGAAGAUUAUCAGGAGCUCCAAGCACAGGCGGCUGUCACGGCCUUUAAGGAUCGAGUUCAGCAAGAAGGAAGACAAAAAGUUGAGCUGACUUUCGUUGACACAACGUGGCGCGAAUACGAAGAGACCGACGCAUUCGCGCUGGUCACCAGCGCACACGAGGCAAUGGCCGAACGCUAUCCGCGGUCAACCGGCGACAGGACACAACCGUACGUGAAAGAAAAGACCGAAGAGCAAGGCGAAGUAUUACAUACUCUGAAUAGUCGAGGAAGAGUUUCUAAUAUUGAAAUGCUCUAA